UCUUUCAAACGGUCUCUGCACAUGGCAAGGCGAAGGUGUUGCCUCCACCCUGAGAUGCACUUUCUGGCUCAAGCACAGCUGUAGAAUCAAGCCUCGACCAACUAUCUGACCGUCAGAGUCAGGGCAGGCUCUCUCACUACCCGUCCUCAUUUUCUCAGAAGAGUUUACCAUAGAAAUACCAGUCUGUCACUCCGGAAGAUGUUGGCCUUCCUCGUGCUCAUGUUGUUAGACAGAGCUGCAGAUGGAGCCUGUCCUCCAGACACCAACCUACAGACUGUGGAGCUUCCUGAGGUUGUGGUGCGUCAUGCUGAUCUACUGCAGAUCAACUGCACCGCUCUGUUCCACAAACAACUGGGGAGGCACUGUGUCUUCACAGAAGAACACACCAGCCUGUUGGUUGCCAGGAACCUGACCAGGGUGGACUGGGAUACACAGGCUCAUUGCAGCUUAAAGUUAAAUGAGAGUCUCCAGUAUAAAAACCUGACUAUUACCGUGUACAAGACACCAGACAGCAUGUCCAUCUCUCUACUGAACCACUCUGGUCCGAUGGUGGAGGGGACAGAAUACCAUCUGCAGUGUGACAUCCUGAACGUCGCUCCUGUACAGAACCUGAUUGUCAAGUGGUACAAAGGGAAUGAAUCCUUAUUAAAUGUAACUUACAGUAACAGUACGAAGACACCAGUUGAUGUGUUUCCAACCCUCAUCGUCACCCCCAGUAGUGAUGAUGAUGGAGCUCAGUACAGAUGUGAGGCAGAGCUGGACCUGGGACCAGAGGGACCACAACCUCCUCCCACAGUGUCUUCAAAAUAUCAAAUAUAUGUGGUACAGCCACAAAAUCAACCAACACCGUUUCCUACAACUCCAGGUUCAAAGGACAUUGUCCAACCUACAGCCAAGCCAAAAGGACAUAAUGAUCUUCUUGAGUUAAACCCUCCCAUUGUGGUGGUGGAAUAUGGAGAUCCAGUCUCAGUCAACUGCAGCACAUCAUCCACAGACCACGAGGGGAUGGGCUGGGAGGCCACACAGGGAGGUACUGAUUUUCAACUGAACGCCACCAUUGUCACCUGGAUUGUGGAUAACCUUGAAGAUUGGACAAUAAAACCUAUGUGCUACAUCACCACUAGUACCAACCAAGUUACUAAAAUGCUUCCAGUCAUUCUGUACAAGACUCCAGAUAACAUGUCCAUCUCUCUACUGGACCACUCUGGUCCGAUGGUGGAGGGGACAGAAUACCAUCUGCAGUGUGACAUCCUGAACGUCGCUCCUGUACAGAACCUGAUUGUCAAGUGGUACAAAGGGAAUGAAUCCUUAUUAAAUGUAACUUACAGUAACAGUACGAAGACACCAGUUGAUGUGUUUCCAACCCUCAUCGUCACCCCCAGUAGUGAUGAUGAUGGAGCUCAGUACAGAUGUGAGGCAGAGCUGGACCUGGGACCAGAGGGACCACAACCUCCUCCCACAGUGUCUUCAGAACCUCUCAUCAUCACUGUGCACUAUAAACCAGAUAUUAAAUGCCCACUCCAGUAUAUUGGUGUGGAGAAGAACUUUACCCUGGACAAGUAUUGUGUAGUCAUGGGGAAUCCUCCUCCAGACACUGAAUGGAACUGGGAAGGCAAACAUGUCAAUGCCUCAAAACCACUGAACAGGAAAGAGUCAGGCCGGUAUACCAUCAGUGCCUUCAAUCACCAAGGCAGCACCAAUGCUACCGUUGAAAUCAUAGUGGAAUAUGCUCCUGAGUGGACCUGUCCUUCUAAAAUUGAAAUUAAGGAGAACGAAAGUCUCCUCGAAUGUAAAGCUAAUGGCCAACCUGAACCUGAGGUCCGCUGGUACAAAGACCAAACCUCACUGGAUCCUCCUAGGACCUGGACUAGACAGAAUAGAGGGGAGUACACACUGGUAUCAAGCAACAAACAUGGUGAAGCAUCUCACACAGUUCAUAUUGAUGUCUUGUAUGCUCCUGAGAUACACCUGACGACACCAGGGAUAGUGAGAGCAGGCAGUGAUGUGUCAUUGGGCUGCAGUGCUCAGGGGAACCCUCUUCCUGAGGUGAAGUGGAACUACACGGUUGCGGACAAUGUGAAUUUGACCAAUGAUGGGCACCAAAGGACUGUUCGAAUCACCAGAGCCACGUCUACCAAUGCUGGGAUCUACAUCUGCACUGCCACGAAUAGAGUUGGGAGGGACACUAGAGAGACAACAGUAACUAUAUCUACAAUAGAUUAUUCAACAAUCCUCAUGGUGGCUUCUCUGAUAGUUUUCCUGGUUAUUCUAAUAUUACUAGUUUACUACUGCAGACGGAGGAAGAGACGAGGAGAUUAUCAUUUCCAUCCAAUCAACAGCAACAUUCAAAUGGCACCAUUACCACCGGAUAGCAAGUAGCCCAGUGGUCAAAGGUUGCUGUUUCUAACUUUGAUUUCAUGAUGUAAAAAACAACACCUGUUGUUGAGCUCUUAAGCAAGACACAACCCUAAUUGCUCCCUUUGUGCCUUUCGAUAUGAUAUUCUAUUAAAAUGUACAUUAGAUGCAUCUUAGACCUAAUUUUCCACUUAAUUAUACAGUUGGGGGAUCACCAAGACAGUCAGAUUUUGCCCAAGUUCCAUUUCGGAGAUCUAUUUUGUUUGUCUAGUUGGGGGCCUAGACCAUAUUCUGCAGGGGUUGGAUAUUCCCCAAAACCUGUUCUAAACCGUCUCUACAUACAAUUUUAAAUGUUUUUCUGGGGGGACUUUUCAAAGAGGGGAAGUAUUUUCUUUGCUGGACUGCGUAAACGAAGAUAACCACUACACUAUUGUUAAAUAGAGUUGUUGUUAGAGUCACAGACUUCCAUGCAGAGGGACCGGUGUUCAAGCCUCAACAAGGCCAAAACAAAUUAUGCAUUAGGAUUUGUUCAGGAUUGACAAAAAUGUUGCUGUCUGCUACAUUAGGAUUUGUUCAGGAUAGACAGAAACUUGGCUGGCUACAACCUUGAGUAGCUACGUAAUAGUAAGCAGUACAACUGUUUAUGGUAAAAUUGCAACUAUUAUUGGAAACAAAAUAUAAUUUUGCCUAUUCAAUCUAUAAAAGUGUCUUCAGAUUGGAGAUAGGGGUUCAGUCAAUCAUGCUGUUUAAUAAAUUGUUUGUUUGUCAUUUCAAUGGAACCCCUCUGCAAUUUAAAUGGAACCACGACCGGAAUGUGUUCACUAAAUUGUUUAACUGUCAGGCAAACAUGGCUGAGCAUGUUCAAGUACCUGUUCGUCAUUUGGAAUUUACUAGGGGAUGACUAGACUAUGAAUUACACAGUAUUUAGUGUAGUAAAGAAAUAAAUAAAAUUGUGUUUAUGGUUGUGGUUCUGAGCUAAUUAAAUCAGAAGAUUUUGACAAA